UAAAAGUGAAUCCAUCAACCAAACUAUUUUAAUUGUCAACGUAAUAAUGUUCCGUGAGUGAUGUGUUGUAUACAGUGACAUUAUUUAUCAUGUUAUAACCUUCAAGAAUAAUAUUUCGUUAAGUUUGAAACGUAUGUUGGAGUCUAAAAUGUCAGAAGAAGACGAAAUAGGAACGGAAAGGCAACACCUUAGUCGAUACGUAAAAAGUCAAACGAAAUAUGGCACAACUGUGUCUACUUCAAAAUGUGGGGGAAAUGUACCGUUAGCUGAAAAGGCGACUCGCCAUGUCAAACAUGUAGUUUGCACGGGGGAUACUUUAAUGGGUAUUGCUUUGAAAUACCAUGUUACAGUUGAGCAAAUUAAGAGACAAAAUAAAUUGUGGACAAACGAUAGUUUAUUUCUACGGGAGCAUAUAUUAAUUCCAUUAUUACCAUCGAACGAAACUUUAGUGCCUCAGGAGUUAAUCGUAAAGGUGGCAGAUAGAUACACAAGUUCCACGGAAGAAGAUGAAGAUCAGAAAACAGAAGUGAAAGUGUCGAAAUCGGAAAACGGAAUGGAUUUUCUCAAUAAAUAUGAUACCAAUAUUGCACAGUUAAAAUCAAAUAUAAAGAAAUUUGAAAAGAAAACAGACAGUAGUUCGGGGAAUUCAUUAUUUGAUAAUUCUCCACCUUCAAGAAGACAUAAUCUUGGUUCUUUGUAUCAACUUCCACUUGAUAAUGACACAGAAUGCUGAGUAGUAAAUGAUGAGAAUUUGUGAAGAAUCAAAUAAGCAUCUCAAUCUGAUUAAAAUACAGAUCUAUAUUUCGUUUCGUCUUUUUAUACUUUCGAUGGCCUACACUACAGGAAGAUCUGACAAGUUAUAGCGAUACAUGUAGGUCACGUCAGGGGUCAAAAGACCAACUUAUGACCCUAUGACGUCAGACAUUUGAUUAACCAAUCAGCAUUGAUGUUACUAGUGGAUUACCCACAGUUCCGUGAAAAACACGCCUAAAGCUCGCCGUAACAGACCGUUUCAUUGGCUUAUCCCUGACACCAUUCAGAACACGAGUUAAAUAACAACUCUUCCAGAUCCAAGUGUAGUAAAAACAAGUAAAAUGAAAUUUUGAACUAUAAAAACGAAACGAAAUAGGAUCUGUGUUUUAACCGGACUGAUAAGCAUCUAUAACUUGUGAUGUGUUUUUGUUUUAGUUUAGUUCAGUUCAGUUGCUACAUGUAAAGGCCACUGAAAUAAUUUAGAAGAGAAAAGUUUAAAUUAUUUGUUGUUAUAAAAUCUGAAAUUAAUUGUGAUUAAAUCCCAAAACACCUGGAAUGUUGUAGCAUUUAAUUUUUAGUUCCCACUCUCCCAUCAUUGUGUAUAAAAUUCCACAUAAAAAUAUUCCACAUUUUUAUCAAUAUGUAUUUAUAUGUAGCAAAAAUCAGUAAGUACAUGUACAUGUAGCAAAGCCUCUUCAAUUAAUAGUGUUACAGGUGUUGAUCCUGAUAUAAAAUGUCAUGUGUUAAAUGAUUAUUGGAUAUCUGGCACAUUAAGGCUCUAAAGCGGUGGACACGGCCAAAUCAUUUGGAUGAAUCAAUCGGUGCCGAAAUCCGCCUUGUGUAUUUCCUAUCAUUCGGCCAAAUGAUUCGCCCGAAUCAAUCAUGUUUGAUAUUCGCCCGGCGAAGCAUUCACCUGAUUGUAGAAUUCAUUAGCCAAUCACCACUCAUAUCGAUAAGUCACAUUAUUGUUUGAAGACAUAGUCGCUGCCAUGGUUAAUCAUGUGACGUGAAAGGUGAUGCAAUCGGCUGGUACGUCCACCGCUUACGCUUUUCUUAUAAAUUCUUCAUAUCUGAUUUGUCCAACAAUACAUACAAGUACUUGUUCUGUAAUAAUUAUAUAUCAGUGGAAUAUACUUUAUGUUUUCUGAAGUAUCUUUGAAUCAGUGUAAAAGACAAAAGUUUGGUGAAAAUUAACUAGUUGAUCUCAACAGCAAAUCUCUUUUUUCACCUGACUUUUUCAUUUGAAAAUAUGAUUGAGAGUAAAGGGUCACUCUCACAAGAUUUUAUUUGAAGGUGCUUGAAGACUACCGGUGCAUAAAGUGUUUAGUUUGUACAUGUAUACUACAGUACUACAUGUAGUCAUUGAUUUGUACUAUGUCCAAGGGAGAGUGGCUGGUUGUUCUUCUCCUUUUCAAAAUUCAGAGAGUUUAGGUGCAAGUGGUCACUCUCCUUUUACAGCAAGGUCAGUUUUCAAUUCAAUUUUUAUUGAGUACCGUAAAUUACAAUGGAGGGUAACAUUUGUAUGAAUUAAGUACAUGUAAGUGUUGAACAUGCACAUUUUUUUUGUUCAUUUAACACUAAAAUUCUGUUAAUUAUCAGCUUACAGAUCACAACUCUGGUUCUAGCUUAGUAAAACUGAUAUCAAAAAGAUCUUGUUGAUGUUGUGAUACAAAUCACACAUGCAAUAUCAGUGGGUCUUCCUUCAUGUUUAGAUUUAAAUACCCUACCAAAUGUCUCAAUAUAUCCGCAUAAUUUUCAUAUCAUCAUAUCAGUAGUCAUUUGUAAAUUAGUCAUGUAAAGAUAACUAUUUGUGUGAUAUUAAUUUUAGAUUCUAGUAGCAACAUUUAUGGAGAGUGAUUCAUGUAUGGUUUUUAAAGAGUCGACUUUCAAAACAUGUGACAUCCAUUUUAAUCUAUUGGAACUUGUCUUAUGAAAUAACCUACAGUCAAAGUUCUUUGUAGAACUUACAUCAAGACUAUUAUUGUACAUUAUAAAUAUUACAUGUAUAUUAUCUACACAGUGAUUAAAAUCAUGAAUAAACAAUAAAAGUAUGUUUAAAGAGGCAUAAAGAACUAGGCCUACACUUAGAACAAAAAGAUAAAUUUAACUAAAAUCCAAUAAAAUAGCCCUAAGAUUCAGUCAGUUUUUGAUUGUUCAAGAACUGGAACACUCAGUUCACCAGUGCACAUUAUAUGCUAUAUUACACAUACUCUUAUAAAUUCUUAAUAUGUAAGCCUGUACAUGUAACCUUCAUGUAUCUCGGUGAUGAAUUUUCACUUGUCAGAUCAGCCUCGGAUAUUGCAUACAAUCUAAAUUGGAUGAUGCUGAUUUAACUGUAUACAGUUACAUGUAGGUAAACUAUGGCAAAAAUCUAAUGUGUCUUUAAGCAAGGGUGCCUGAUGCUUGAUUAUUUGUCUAUCCUAUAGUAUGGAAUCUGCUCCUCUACAUGUAUAUUUCUUUUCUUUAUCAUUCAAAUGUUGUUUAAUUUCAUAACAUGUAUAAUAAACCAUUAAAACGGAGUAUCUGUACAUACAAAAGUGAAACAUAAUUUAGAUCAGAUUGACAUUGGUCAUAAUUAAUGUAAAUCGGGGUGUAAAUUAUUUUCAUUGUCAAAGGUACAUAGUACUGUUGAUCUAAUUUUUGUUUAAAAGAAACAAAUUACAAAACAAAGAAAAGGAGGAGGAAAUAAGAAGCCUUCAGGUGGGUUUAGUAAAACAGUGUAAAUAAAACUGCUUAGUAAUGAGAUGCUAUCUUAAUAUUGUCACGCCUUAAAGAUACCUUCAUGCGUACAAACUUUGUGGUAUAAUGAUAUACAUGUAUUUGGUCUAAAAACAUAUUCAAACUAACUAAUCUAUCAAAAAUCUGCUUCAAAUCUCUCUCAAAAAUUUGUAUUCGUGAGGAGAUAUCCCAAGCUAUAAGAAAUCUAUUUUUAGAAGCCAUUUUUGUUAUCUAACUUGAUUGAGGAAGGGCCCAUUUUUCAGAAUGUAUUUGUCAAUUACUUACUGUCCAUUUACCAUACAUAUUGAGGCCUAAGUAAAUUCUUGAAUUAUUUUUUGCCAACUUCUUUUUCUGACCUUUAAUUGCAGAGCCUGUGAAACGAUUACACCCCUCAAUAUUCCCAAAACAAUAACAACAGCAGGCAAUAAGCCAUUGUGUUGCGAGUUAGGGAUACCCUGACAUUUUUGCCCAGUGCUUGCCUCAUGGUUGUUUUUUUGGGGUUAAACUAGUUUUGUUCUAGAUUGGGCAUCUAUACUUUCCAUAUAUACCAAAUUUGCCAUACUUUUAUUGGAAAUAACCACUUUCGAGUGAAUUUAUCUUAAAUAUAUCAGUUUAAGUAUCAGGUAAGAGUAGAUAUAUGACGCCAACUGAUGCUUUAGUUAUAAAUGAAACUACUCUGUAAUUAAAUACUGUACAUGUAUUAACAUCAAUACUAUGUAUAUAUAUAAGCUUACAUACAAUGACACAACUAAUGACUCAUGAGUGUUAAACAUUAAUGUGUGAUAUGAUAGUAUCUAUUGCAAUAUCAGCUGAUUACUAUAUCGGUAUCAAAUACAUGUAUACUAUUACAGUCUAAUAUAUACUUCCUUAUUAUAUAUACUGUAGUCUACUGUAUUAAUUACUACAUGUACCUAUUAGAUUCAUUUUAAAGUGAUCAUUAUGAAGUUAUUUCAAUAAAACAUAAAACUACUUAAUAUGCAAUGCAAUAUUUAAUCUUUUGUUACACAGGAUAAUAAUAGAAAUACAAUAUUUAAUGUACUAUCUGCUUUGGGGUUUAAACAUAUAUUCAUAUAAAAUGGGACAUAUGUUACAAAAUGAUCAAUAAAAAAGUCUAUAAAAUUACCUUUUUAUUGUACUUACAUGGCCUACAUGUACAGCUUACUUUACAAGGAAAUUAGUUAUAGCUGAUGAUUGUCAUUUGAGAGUUAUUUGAAUGACAUACUAACUACACUAUUGUAAAAGUUAAGUCUCUAAAAGAUAUAAAUAAACCAGUGCCACCUAUAUGUAUAAGUGUUGGGUAAAAUUUAUUGAUGGGUCUCUUUUGUAAUAGAAGAUUGAAUUUAUCAAAGCCAGACGAUUAUCAGCUGUUGAUAUUUUGGUUUUGUUUUCUUAAUUAAAUAAGUUUGAUAUGUUUUUCCAGUGAUCGUUAAGUAUUUAGGAUAACAUAUGUCAAGUGGAAAUAUAUCUUUAAACAUUUGAUAAUUAUGAAAAUAUUUUAAAACCGGUAUUCAAAGUUCAUUUUUUAUCAAAAUGAUAAGUAAUUUGAUAGUAAUAUACAUGUAUUAAGUGCAAACUCAUCCUAGAAAAUCUGUUUUUGCAAAUAAAAAUGUCUUAAUGUAACUAAUUCAGAUUUAUAUCCUUAUAAAAAUAUAUCAUCUUAUUUACCCAAUAUGUACUAAGUUGACUUAUACACUAUAUUAUUGAUAUAGUGAAAUACAAUGGUUUAAUAUAAUAAUGAGACAAAUGUAGGAUCUUUUGGCCACAGAGGUUUUUAAAGGACAAUAUUGGUGUCAGUCAUUAUCGCAUGUAAUAGAACUCGUUAAAUACGUUCCAAAUAUAAUUUUAACACAGAGAUCAUUGCUACGAUAGGUGCAUUAUGGAGCUUUCAAGAAAGGGAAGUGACGAAUGCAAAAGGAAAACACAAGUUAUCCAUCUGUGUAACUGACUGAAGUGACGAGUGAUAACAGAUAAACAGGCGAAUUUCUGCUCACUAAUAAUUCCUUCAAAGAUCAAAAAUUGUUAUGUGCGGCUGUGAGAGGAUAUCUGAUGAUUCAAAAAAGUAAUUGAAUGUCACUAGAUAAGGGAAAACGAGAAAAAUAGAUAUAGUCCACACAAUCCCUUGUUUUUAUUCAUUCUAUACUUAAUAAAAACUUGGCAAUGCACAGACUUUUCUUAUUUUUCUUGUUUUCUCUUAUCUAGUGACAGUCAAUUAUUUUUUUUUGAAUUGUCAGAUAUCCUCUCACAGUCUCAUAUAACAACUUUUGGUCUUCGAAGGAAUUAUUUGUGAGCAGAAAUUCGCCUGUGUAUCCGUUAUCACUCGUAAUGUCAGUUGGUUAUAUAGACGGAUAACUCGUGUUUUCCUUUUGCGUUCGUCACUUCCCUUUCUUGAAAGCUUCAUAACGCAUCUAUCAUAGCAAUGAUCUCUGUGUUAAAAUUAUAUUUGGAAGUUGGAACGCGUUUAAUCAGUUCUGUCAUAUAUAUGAUAAUGACUGACACCAAUAUUGUCCUUAACCCCAUCACUAACACUAACUAGUACCAUGGAACCUCUCUGGCUGAAACAUCUGUCCACCAUAAGAGACAGUGGAUAUUGUCAACAGACCCAACAUCAGAAGAGCCCCAAUUUUUACUGUAAUUAAAUGUAUCUGAAAUUUGAGAGUUUGGACAUAAGAACCUUUUAUUGUUUGUUUAUUAUACCAUAUUUUAUAGACGUGUAUACAUUUCAGUUUAUAAGCUUUGGAGGUUUUAUAAGAAAUACCUAGUACUGGUAUAUCAUUCCUGGUUUCAGAAUAUUACAUGUAGAUAGGCUGAUAAACAUUACAACCAGAUCAAAUUUUAAUAUUUAGAAUAGUUAUGUAUAAUAAUGCCUAAAUGGACAACUUUAAAGUCUCUAAACCCAUUUAAAAAAUAUUGUGGAAGUUUAAUCUCUAAAAGAAAUAUCAGUUCCAAAAUGUUUCUAUUCCAUUCAGUAUUUACAAAGAUAUGAUGAAUUGAAAUUUUGCAGCAUUUAGCAUCUACUACAUGUACAGAUAAUACAAACAAACCAGCACCACCUACAUGUAUGAGUGUUGGAUAAGUCUUUAGGUGGGGCAAUCUUGUUUCGGAAUGAAACAAUAAUAUUUUGGUUAUGUUUUCCUUAUUAACAGUAAAUGUUGAAUGAUGAAUUUGAAAACAUUUAAACAUGGAUUAUGCCAUGAAUAAUGCAAAUGACUGUCAGUGACUUUAUUUAUAUUAUAAUAUAUUACAAAACAACUUAUGCAUAGUUACAUAUUGAAUAUGAUAUAGGACUAGGAUAGUUAUAUUAUGUAAUUGUUGUAUUUUGAUAAGAGUAAAUACCAGAUAAUCUAUGUAUAUAGGUCACCAUAGAGUGUAAUAUUAUAUAAUAGAAGUAUUAUCCUAAGCUUAGGCCAGACCAAUUUGAUUUGUAGUCAUUUAGGAUCUCAUAGAUCCUAAAUGACUACAAAUCAAAUUGGUAUUAGUAAAUAUGUCAGUAAAGCUAUAUUGUUUGGUUUGGUGUUUUUUAACUUCCAAACAAACACAUUUACUGAUGAACUAAAAGAUGUUAGAUACGAAAAUUUUUGUUUUUAAAUUUUUAUGUUAUCCAAAGAAAUUUGAAUUUGUUUUGAAUAGGCGUCCCUGAAGAAUUUAAAUUGGAGUUGCCUAACAAAAAUGUUAUAUAGUAUUCUACUAUUCAUGUAUAUAUAUAUAAUAUGUAUAUUGUGGUAUUAUGUAUAAUAAUGGAGUAUGUCAUUUAUUACGUAUAUAUUGUACAAUGAACAUACACUUACAGCAUUCAUCAGAGCAUAUAUAAUUACCUUUUCCUUAUUUUGGGAAAACCCUUUAAAGAGAGGUUAUCUCUCUUGCCAUAUAAAUAAAUGUAAUAAAUUUUGAGUAAUAUCUUAUAUUCAGUAUAUCCAUAAUCCAAAUACCAACCUACAUGUACUACAAGGAAGACUAUUUCUCAUCAAAACUUGUGAAAUUACUAAUUAUCUUCCUGGCAAGCCUGAAUAUGUAACAGGUUUAUAUUAAAUAAUGGGGGGUUUGGUGGCUAAAUGGUUAGCACGUGCGCGCUGUAGCAUAAAUUCUGUCAUUGAGUCAACUGGCGUGGUUUCGAAUCCCCGGUUGUACGUGGCAAGGAGUAGGGUUGCCUGUCCAACCUCGUGGGUUUUCUCCGGGUCCUCCGGUUUCCUCCCACUGCUAAAGACCCCUACGCGCAAGCGAAUUAUUGAAAUAAAAUUAAACCAUGUGUUAGUCCCGAAAUGACCUAGUUUGUGUCGAGUGGAUGUUAAACCCCAUUUCUCUCUCUCUCUUAUAUUAAAUAAUGUAACCCUGUUUAUAUUAGAUAUGUAAACAGAUUUAUAUUAAAUAUGUAAACAUAUUGAAUAUGUAAAAAGGUUUAUAUUGAAUAUGUGAACAGGUUUAUAUUAAAUAUGUAACUAGGUAUGUAUUAGGAAGUAGAGUGUAAACGAUUAUUUAUAAUAUUAUAUGUAUUUACCGGUUGAUGAUCUAUAAUUUAUAUAUCAUGAAUAUAUUUUUUGACCACUGUUAAAAGUGUUUAUUUGUUUACUUUUGACAACUGCGCCACCCCUACCCUCACCCACACGCCAGUCUCACAGUUCCUCUACUAUUUUAUUUGUGCAUUUAAUUUUGUCUUGUAAAUACAAUACCCUCAUAUUAAGUUCAAAAUUUAUAUUACUGUUGAAGACUGAAGAAAAUUUGAUACAAUGAUUGGUUUUAAGAAUGGUGUGUUCCAAAAUUUCCCAGGCUGAGGGUAUAUGUUGAUAAAAUAAGAUAUAAAUAGACAAUUUGAAAACCAAAAUAUGAAGAAAUAACUUUUACUUUGUCAAAAGUUUCAAAUCAAAACUGUGUUCAUCCAAAUAUUUCAAUAUACAAAUUCAAAUAUUUGUUAGUAUUAGUUAUUCAAUCACAAAUGAAACUAAUACAAUUAGAUCUGGUUUUUGUCUGCUAUGAAAUAUUUACUAAUUUUAUUCAAUGAAAUCAUGUAAUAUUUAAUAAUUUCUAGAAAUCUUAAAAUGCACUAAAAAUUGAUAAUUUAAAUUGAAAUCAAUAGCAUUUAAAAUAAAAGUAGCAUAUACAUGUAUAUAUAUAUAUGACCACAUCUCAGAAAUAAUUGCUAGAUUUGCUUACCGUAAUAGAUUUUUGUAACUUACUAAAGGAAAGCUUGCUAACCCCACUUAGAAAUUAAAAGUUUAUAAUUCAGUGAAAAAAUAUUAAAGAGCUUCAGAUAUAUGUACAUGAAUAGGAUAAAGGUUUCUAAGAAUUUUACACAGAAUUAAACAGUUUUAUUCAUAACAUUAUAUAUUAAAGAAAAUAAAGUGUUACAAUAAUAAUGAUGAGUCAUUGCACAGCAAACAAUAAAAUUUUAGUGAGAUUUCAUAUAAAAAAAAAUUAUAUAGGUUACACAGCUAAAAGGUCUCAUUUUCAGGGGUUUUUUUUAAAUUUCUUUUUUUUCUUUUUCAUAUCCUUAUGGAAAAGGAAACAUGCAAUAUAAAAUAGAUGUGAAAUCAGGUUUGUGUUUUGUCAGUUAUAAAAUUAAUACACAUGUACACUUGUUUUUUUCUGAUAAAUCUUUAUGAAUUUGAUAGUCCCAAAUGAUGAAGUUUGAGUAACCAACAGUUUAAAUGUGAUGCACUAUACAGGUCAAAUCAGGAAAUUAGAUAAGUUAUCUAUCCUUUUGAUAAUAAAAUUGACAGGGUUAAACCAACCACAGAUAAUGAAGACAAUAUGUAGAGAGAAUUUUGCCAGGACAGCACAUAAAUGCAUAUAGGUCAAUACAAACAGUUUUCAUUUAUUGACCCUGUCACACAAAGCUUAGUGUAAUUUUUCCUGAUAUUUAAAUAUCUCAUACUUUCAGAGAAAAAUAAGUUUCAAGGGCUAAACAUACGACACUAUUAUGCUUAAGGAAAAGAACUAAACAUCUGAUAUGAUGUGUUAUUUUGAUUAAUGAUCAGGCAAGCUCUGUAUAUGAUUAAAUUUUUAAAAAAAGCAGAAGUUAAUUUGUAUACUAAUAUUUUUUUGUUUUAAGCUUAAACUGUAGACAUAGGAACACGAAAUGUUUAUAUCUCGACAUUGGCUCUAUCUGUGCACCUAAGAUUUUAAAGAUGGACAAAUGUCCACUUCAUAAAGCAAAGCAGUAAAGCAGUACAUUAAAGAAGUCUGGUUAUUCAAAAACUAUAAUGAUGACUAGCAAAUAUAUACUAUACAGAUCCUGUUCUGAUCAGUAGUUGUUUGUUUUAACUAUGAAGAAGCAUUAUUGUGAUAUUUCUUUAUGAUAUGUUUGCUUAGAGAAACAGGAUCUGUGGGGUGCAUUUUAAAGUUAUGUGUCAAUGUAAAUAGAUCUGAAGCUGUAUAUGUUAGUGAGUAUCCGCCAUAGAUUGAUAGAUCGGUAUUCAAUAGUAAUUCUUCAGUUUUUAAACACAGGUCCAUUUAAAGACAUUCUUCCAAGCACGACACAAAGUAAACAUACAGUAAAUUAUUUGGCAGGGGGAGGGUCUUCACUGAUUUUGAAAUGGGAUUUUUGCCUGGAUAGUGGCAAACCAUGAGUAGAAAGAAAGGCAGAUGGAUUCCUUAGUUCUGGGAUUCACUGCAAAUUGUUAAGAGGUGUAAGAUCCAUCACCCUCUCUCAUUGUCUCCGGACCUGGCAUAAUACAGUGGGUUUUUGGGUUGCCUCCCUUGUAAGUUUGUUUUGUUGCAGUGCAGUGGAAGCUUCUGAACGGUCCUCAGAUGCAUUUAAUCAAUUUGAUAGUGCUAUUAUUAUUUGUUACUACAGUGAUGUGUCUUGUCAGUAUGUUUGUCUUCUGGGUUUCAAUUUGGUUAUUUAUGGUGCACUGUAUCUAACAUGGUGUGAUAUGUAUUGUGUAUCAUACAGCAUAUGCUCACAAUUUCCAAAGCACCUGAUACCAUCUUUCCACUGUUUCUUUUAUUUAAUUAAGUACUGUUCUGUUUUUUGUUGACCAGUUUAGUUAUGUUUACAAUUUUUACAUUCAAAAUUGUUUAUCUUUUUUGUGCUUUUGACCCAAUCUGAUUAAAAUACAGAUCUAUAUUUCGUUUGUUUUUUUUAUACUUCCGAUGGCCUACACUACAUGAAGAUCUGACAAGUUGUACUCGAAGGUCGUGUAAGGGGUCGUACGAGCAACUUUUGACCCUAUGACAUCAGAAAUUGAUUAAUCAUUCAGCGUUGACGUUUCUAGUGAUUUACCCACAGUUCCAUGUAUGGCAUGCCAAGAAGUCGCUGUAACAUACCGUUUCAUUGGCUUAUCCCUCACUUCAACCAAAAUGCCGGAAAUAUAACAACACUUUCAGAUCCUAGUGUAGUAAAGAGAAGUAAAACGAAAUUUUGAACUAUAAAAAAACGAAAUGAAAUAGGAUCUGUGUAUUAAUCAGAUUGUUCUGACCAUGAUUUCUCCAGGAAUGAGACACAUUACAUAUUUAGACAAAAAUGUAAAGCUUCCAUUUUAUAUCAUCAUUUAAUUUUUAAUGGAUUUUUUUAUAUGUAUUUGUGCUAAUAAUGGCCAAAAUGUUUAGCUUUUGAACAAAGGAAUGAAUAAAUCUGUUAUUUGUUAAUUGCAAAAUAUUGAGAAAAUUAUUCUUUUAAUUAGUAAAUAAUGAAUAAUGUACAUUUUUGAAUAAAUUAUUGAUUGGU